CAAGCUCUCCCCUUCCGCCUCCGCCAUGAUGCCGCCCCGCCCCGCCCCGCCGGCGCGAGAGCCGAGCGCGCGCUCCCCGCCGGGCCGCCCUCGUUCCGCUCUGCGUCAGGAGGGCUUCAGUGCCGCGCGAGGCGUGGCCGGACCGCCUCCGCCCCCGUCCUGCGCGCUCCACAAGAUGGCGGCGCCCACGGCGGCGGGGCUGCGCCCGCGUCUGCGAGCGUGGCUGCCGCGGUUGGUACAGGUGAGAUGGAGUCGCUACAACCCCAGCUUUCUAGAGCCAGAAGUGAAUAAAGAAUUGUAUCAGAAACCUUUUAAUGAGCUGUCUGAAGAGGAAAAGGAAAAGCAAGAGCUUAAGGCUGUUCGUCCCAUAAAAGCAGCUCCUCCCAGUAUCUCCAGCUCCGUUUUCAGCGACCCUAUGAUCAGUAAAUUCACCAAUAUGAUGAUGAAGGAUGGAAAUAAAGUGCUGGCCAGAAGCCUCAUGGCUCAGACUUUAGAGAACAUUAAGAGGAAGCAACUGGAAAAGUACCACAGAGCUCCAGAUGAUGAGAAGGAGACAGUUGAAUGCAACCCUUAUGUCAUUUUCCACCAGGCUCUGAAAAACUGCCAGCCUAUCAUUGGACUCAGCAACAUCACGAGAGGUGGCAAAACCUACCAGGUCCCGGUGCCUUUGAAGGACAACCGGAAGCGCUUCUUGGCCAUGAAGUGGUUAAUCACUGAGUGCAGGGAGAACAAGCACCGCCGGACGCUGAUGCCUGAGAAGCUCUCUGAGGAGCUGAUCCAGGCCUUCAACAACGAAGGACCCAUCAUCAAGAAGAAGCAUGUGCUGCACAAGAUGGCAGAGGCCAACCGGGCUUAUGCCCACUUCCGCUGGUGGUAGGGCCUCUGCAUGGACGCACACGCUGCAGAGCUCUGUCACUGCUCUCAGGCCUGGGGAGCGGAGUCCCAGGGCCACCUGCUCGAGAGAAGCUGGGGAUUAGAGGGAAAGGUGGAAAAUCCCUUCUGGACAGCUUCUGAACUAAGCCAAGGAAAGUUUCCCUAGUCCCCAUACAGUUCAUUUGCUUUGUGCUUAUCUGGAUGGGAAAAGGGGGAAUCUGAAAUAGUUACUGAUCCUUGCACGGAUAUGCUAGUUUUUCAUAACCGCUUUCCUGUGAAGACAAGCUUUAGAUGCAACACUGUACAAAAUAAUCUAUUCCACUUACAUGUUUCCUAGGGACUUUUAAAUCUCUGCUCUUGCAGCAACAUUUUUCUCUUUCUGGCUGCAUAAAUAGGAAAGAGCAGAUCUGGAGGUUUUUUUUCCUUACCAUAACUAGCCUUGACUUUCAGUUCUAGUCAUCAGCAACAUUGUCUGUAUGGAUGUCAGGGAGAUGUUAACAGGAAAAAAAUAAUAUCAAUGCUUUAUGGGGAAGGUUUCUCGAUUCCAGACCUUUGUCUGUUGCUUCAAUCUCACACUGUUCUUUCCAGCUUCUCUGGUUGUGUGAACCCCCUCCCCUCUGUCACUCUAUUCUUGAGGAAAUAAUUAAUAUCACAACCUUCUUGCCUCAGUCAGGAGCAACUUUUAAGCAUUGCUUACAUUCUUAACAGCUGCUCAGAGAGAAAGCAGGGCACAUGUUAGUGGAAAAGUUUUAUUACAAAAAACACCCAAUAGACUAUUUUGUUUUCUUUCUUUCUUCCUUUCCCAUUCUUAUUCUCAUAAGAAACAUAACAUACUCAAACCUUAAUAGAUUUUGAAAAAACCCAGAACAGUUAUUGUAUAAAACUUGUUUCUAGCUACAUGUGCUUGAGAACCCUUAUCCUGCUGGAAGCUGCCAGCAGAUAUUGGUAGCUAAUAACCCAUAGUCAUACACCCCUGCAGAUACUGCCAGUCUGCUGGAAGUAAUCAGUGAAAAGCAGCAAUUUGGUGAGCUAUUUGUGAUGUAUCUGACCACAGUAUUUUCUGUAACUUUUCCGAAACAACCUGGUUUGAAACUGUGAGCUGUGAAAUAUUUCCCUUUUGCCUCCCUCAGCAGUGUUGGCUCUUGGGUCAACCAGCAUGCUCUCAGCUUUCCUUAACACUUGUAUAAAAUGCUGGUUUAAGCUA